GUUUCACAGAGCAUUUGUCUCUGGUCUUCACCGCCUUUCCUUCAAUAAACAUACUUACAGACUAUUCUCCUCCUCACGUAGUCUCAAAAUGAAGGUCGUACCUGUACCCGUGCGCUCAGACAACUAUGCAUACCUUCUCAUCGACGAUUCUACAAACAAAGCAGCCGUGGUCGACCCAUUUGAUAUGACCAAAGUACAAGCUGCAGCUGCAGAACAGGGUGUCGAUUUAGUUGCCAACCUCACCACUCAUCAUCACUUCGAUCAUAGCGGAGGCAACAAAGUCUUCGCAAAUUUAUAUCCAGGAAAGCCGAUAUAUGGAGGUUCCGACCAAGGUGCGGCGGAUCACAUCGUAAAGGACAACGACCAGUUCACCAUCUCAGAACAGCUCGACGUCAAAUGUCUAGCCACACCCUGCCAUACACAGGACUCAAUCUGCUUCUAUGUAACUGACAAGGCCAAUCCCACACAGCCAGGAGCAGUCUUCACAGGAGAUACGCUCUUUAUCGCCGGGUGUGGACGCUUCUUCGAGGGAAACGCAACUCAGAUGCAUCGCGCACUUUCAUACCUCGGAACGCUCCCGGACCAAACCGUCGUAUACAACGGACAUGAAUACACCGCGAGCAACCUCGCCUUCGCAAAGAGCGUCGAGCCGAACGCAUCUGGUGUUGCCCGCCUCCAGGAAAUUGUUAAUAACAACAAGGUGACAACGGGAAAAACCACAAUCGGCGACGAAAAAGAAUGGAAUGUCUUUAUGCGGUUGAGCAGCUCGGAGAUCCUCAAAUCUUUGGGCGCGACUGCGGACACUCCUACUGAAUCAAUCAUGGAUGCACUCAGAACAAGGAAGAAUAACUUCUGAAAUAUGGCAUCAUCCCAAACGUAAGGAGACGUUGCGAUCUGCUGUUGGGUUUUGAUGAUAUCUUGAAAAGGCGUGUAGCACAACGAACUGAUUUUGAUGCUUGUAUUUUGUGAUGUUGGUGGGUCCGGUCAAUCAAUGUGUAGCGUUAUGGCAUAGCAGUAUAGGGCUUCAAAAGAAGAUGUAUAUGAUUAAAUUACUACAGCUCGUAAGAACAUGCAUCUGCGGAGCCCGAUGAGAUAGUGAGACACCAACAUUCGUAAAUAGACCACUGCAACGUAUAGAGAAGACAUGGGAACAGUUUAUGUGGCGGUGCGCUUGACCAUGCCCAUAACUGCCGUACGUGCGUAAGGGAUGUACGAAAGUGUGUACCAUAUGUACGCCAAAUACUGGAUGAUCACGAAUAUGAUGCACAGAGUCCCACUGCCAAUCACGAAUGCACCAACGAAUAUCAAUGCAAUAGAGGCGAGGAAGAUGAUGGAUGCGAUGAUGCGCACGGGUUUGAACAUCAAUUUUAGUUGUUGGAAGAACCCUAUUACGAAACCCGUCCCGAUGAGCGAAAUAAUCGUCCCACAACCAUACAAGAACCCAAAGCUAAUCAACCCGCCCAAAAUAAGGAAAAUCACACCAAGCAAGCUCAACACGAAACCAAUAAACGUGCACCCAAUAAACCCAUACAACCGUGUCGUCUUGCUAAGGUUGAACCCAAGCUUGCUAAACGCCGAUUCGCCCUCGAAGAAUUGGUUAUCCGGAAUCACACCCGACGCCGCCUCGAGGUUGAACCAACCCUUGUUCGACAUAAUGUCUAUUGUCUUGUCUUGUCUUUCGACUAUUUCCCUCCUUUCCUUUCUUCAAGCUAUUUUAUGGCGAAGACUAGCAGUAGAUCGUCUGUCCUACUUUCGCUUGAGUACCGAGUAGUAAGAGUGAUGAUGCAGUCGUGAAAUGGAGGAAGAGAGGUGCUGUGCUGUGCCAGCAGCGUUGCGAGUUUCAAGCAAGUC